GAACGGUGGAGUAUAUAACGAGAAUUGAGCUCAGUAUAUUGGGCAUUAUCAGAGGCAUUCAAUGUAAUGAUCCUCGUCUGCUCUGAUUAUAUCACUUUUUUUUUUCACUCGUCAUUUCCUCCCGGAUUUUUAAACGGAUUUUCGGUCCACGCGACGGCCAAAUCUCUUUCAUUCGGGAAUUUAUUUUGCAGGGAGCGUUACGACACAGGGUCGUGAUGAUAAGACUUGUUGCAACUAGCUCAGAAUUCAUAUGUGAAUAAUUUCGUGUGAUAGUGCGACGCAGUUAUCGUGUGAUUAGAGAAAUAUGUGAAGUUACUCGAACCCUGUGAUGCUGUCUUUGUCUGAGAUGGUUUUUGCAUUCGAUGCACAGCUGUAUGAGAAGUUGGACAAGAUUAAGAAUUUCCUGUUGAGUCGUUCAUCACGAGCCUAAAAUGCCUUAAAUCAUUUCAAAAACUUCAUUCAACAAACGUAAAUUUGUGAAUUAAUCCCCAGCCCCGAUUCGUCAAUGCCCCAGUGUCAAGAGUAAUAUCCCACACAUUGCAGAGGCUAAGCAAUUAAAAUUUGCAGCAUUAAUUAGACAAUUGAGUGUAGAAUUGAUUUGCUAUGACUAGGUAAACGAUCCGGAGAAUAAUGACAGAGGCUCGACGAUCAUGGAGCAGGAUAAGUCCAGUUGGUUCGAUCGUGAGUGUGGUGAGGAAAAAACAUAUAAGGAAAGGCGACUGGUGAUUGUAGUUGUGUUGUUGACGGUGGCUGUGAUUGCUCUUGUGGCAACGCUUUGUCUGCAGAUGACGUUUUUUAACUCCAGAGGAGAGGAGAGAGAAAUGUGCCAAACUGAUGAGUGUAUAAAAACAGCUGCGAGAAUGAUUGAAGGCAUGAACAGGACAGUAGCUCCUUGUGAGGAUUUUUACAAAUUCGCCUGCUCCGGCUGGAUCGCUAGGCAUCCAAUACCGCAGAGCCAAUCCUCCUGGGAUCAAUUGAGUCUCUUGAAAGAAGAGUUGUUACAAAAUCUUAGAACUUUGCUUGAAGAACCCGAUCGCGAUGAUGAUUUACGCCCUGUUAAGCUGGCGAGGGCUCUCUACAGAACGUGUAUGGAUACUGAAAGUGUUGAAAAAAUGGGACUGAAGCCAAUAUUCGAGAUUCUCUCUCUAGUAGGUCUACCUCGCGACCCUCAAUCGUUAAAUGCUCUGGAAAAUGAUACUGAGAUUGACCUAGAUGUAGCAAGAAUAGCGGGAGUGGCCCAGAGACACUUGGGCCUCAAUCUUUUCGUGAAUUUUUACAUUAGCGAAGACCUUCGUGACACAACUAAAAAUCGGAUGAUGAUGGACCAGGUUUCCCCAGGAUUUAGUGAACGAUAUCUCACUAAUCCUGAUCGAUUUAAAUCAGAACUUAUGGAGUACAAGCGUUACAUCAAAGAGAUGGUGGAAUUAGCAGGCAUGACUCCUGAAAAUAGUACACUAUUCGCCGAUGAGAUACUCGAUUUUAGUACGAAAAUAGCAAAGAUAAUGGCAACAACGGAGGAGAGAAGAAGCUCCAAUCAUUUUCUGCAUGACGUGACUGUCAGUGACCUUCAAGCAUUGACUGAUGCACUUACAUUGAGAUGGAACUGGACGGAGUAUCUCGAGGCCGUCUUUGACAAUACAGACGUUGUUUUGGAUACUGGUGUGGAUGGGAUUAUCGUCAUGGAUUUGGACUAUUUCCAGAAGCUACCCCGGCUUUUGAGCAAUACGUCCUCUGCCACUGUCGCUCGAUUCGUCUGGUGGAGCGUGUACUCGACAGUCGCCCCCCUGACACUUCAAAAAUUCCGAGAUUUGGGAUUUCAGUUUUCUCAAAAGGUCUUUGGACUCAAGGCGAAGACGCCGAGGUGGAAGGGUUGUACUGGUAACGCUAAUUCGAACUUUGGAAUGGCCCUAACGAAUCUUUAUGUGCAGAGAUAUUUCAAUGAGGAGUCAAGGGAAAAGGCCCUGGAGAUGUUCCUCGACAUCAGAGCAGCAUUCGAUGAGAUGGUAUCGGAAUUGAAAUGGAUGGACGCAGGAACGCGAGCCAAAGCCCAUAGGAAAUUGUACGCAAUGCGACCAUUCGUAGGUUUCCCCCAAUGGAUAAAUGACCCCGAGAAAUUGAACAAAUUCUACGAGGGAGCUGAAGUAAUCCCUGGCCAGCUCUUCGAAACCUUCUUAAGGCUGACUGACGUGGGAGCGAAAAAGACAUUGAACAGUUUGCGGGAAAAACCAGACAAGGACAGAUGGAUCACCACAGGAACCACAGUUAAUGCCUUUUACAGUGCAAUUUUAAAUUCCGUCACCUUUCCAGCGGGCAUCCUACACCCUCCAUUCUACGGUAAUGGUCUCGAAUCGAUAAAUUACGGAGCCAUGGGCGCGAUAAUGGGACAUGAACUCACUCAUGGAUUUGAUGAUCAAGGGCGUAGAUACGAUGAGAACGGUAAUCUUCGUCAAUGGUGGAGCAAUGAGACAUUGCGGCAUUACUAUGAGAAAGUUGAGUGUAUCAUCAACCAAUACAGUAGCUAUCAUUUACCGGAACUGAGUAACAAUUUCACAAUUAAUGGAAUCAAUACCCAGAGCGAGAAUAUUGCGGAUAAUGGGGGGAUACGAGAGGCCUACAGGGCUUAUCAGAGGUUGAAGUCGAGGGGUUUGAAGAAACAGGCAUUGCCUGGGUUAUCUGACUACUCUCAGGAUCAGCUCUUUUUUCUGGGAUUCGCUCAAGUCUGGUGUGGCAAUUAUACGAAUGGGGCUUUAAAGUCUAAGAUCAUUGAGGGAGUACAUUCACCUAAUCAUUUCAGGGUCAUUGGGACAUUAUCUAAUAAUGAACAGUUCGCGAAGGCUUGGAAUUGCCCGGUUGGGAGUCCUAUGAAUCCACCACAUAAAUGUAUACUUUGGUAAAUAAAGACAUCUCAUAAAUGAGAGAAAA